AUGGCGACGGUUUACGUGAACGGAAAUGUCUACACGGUCGACUCCAGCAUUCCCCGGGCUGAGGGAUUCGUCGUCCAGCCCGAUGGCACCUUUGGCAGGGUCGGCUCGACGGCGGAGCUGUCCAAGUUGGCCUCUUCCACCGGCGCCAAACUCGUCGACCUCAAGGGCCAGUUUGUGAUGCCGGGCAUGCACGACGCUCACUGCCACCUCCUCGUCGCAUCGCAGGAGAAGCUCUUCGAGGCCAAGCUCGGGCUCGAAUCGGGCCCGGAUGAGACGGUUCGCAAGCUCAGAGACUACGCGUCCUCGUGUCAACACCUCGAAACCGUGGGCAACUGGCUUAUCGGCAACUUCUACCACUGGCGCAACUUCAAAGACAAGAAGCCAGACCGCAAGUUCCUCGACGAGGCCUUCGGCGAUCAGCCCGUGGUGAUCCGAGAAUACACCACCCACAACAUCUUCGCCAACACGGCGGCACUCAAGGCGGCCGGCUAUGAGGAGAACCCGGAAGAUCCAUGGGACGGCUACUACGUCCGGCGGGACGAUGGCACAAUCACCGGAGAGUUGAUCGAGGGCGCCGCCAAACGGAUGUGGUCCUCCAUUCCCAAGGGUACCCCUGAAUCGCAUGUCGAGGCCCUCGCAUACGGCGUCAAGAUGGCCAACCGGUUCGGCUUCACCGCGGUGCAAGAGGCAUCGGCCAACGCCGUCUACCUCGAGGCAGCCAAGAAGCUGGACGAGAUGGGCUUGAUGACCAUCAACCUGGAUGCACAUGUGGUGUUUUGGGGCGCCGCCUUCAGCCAAGAGCUUCCCGAGACUCUCAUCCAUAGCAUCAACAAGGCCUACCGUUAUCAGACCAAGCACUUCAACCCCAACUUUGUCAAGUUCUGGCUGGACGGCGUGCCGUGGGAGCCGCACCUCACCCACUGCCCGCUCGCCGACGACGGGAAGCCGGAUUACAAGAAGAUCCUGGUGCCUCCGGCCAUCUUCGCCGAUGCCAUCGAGCGGUUCGACAAGGAGGGGCGCACAUGCAAGGUGCAUGUGUGUGGACAAGGCUCCGCCCGGUUCGCCCUCGACUGCUUCGAAGAGAUGCGCAAGCGCCGCCCCGACGGCCCCAAGCAUGAGCUCGCCCACAACAUGGACGUCCAUCCCGAUGACUUUGAGAGGUACCAGCGGCUGAACAUCACGGCCGAGAUGAGCCCGGCCAUUUGGCACGAAGCAGACUACCAGCCCGAGCACAACCCGAUGUCGGUGUAUCCAUUCGCGGGACUGAGAAAGGCGGAUGCCUUGCUCACCAUCGGGAGCGACUGGGUCUUUGCGCCAGAAACGCCCAAUAUCUUCCCAGGGUUGCAGGCGCUGUUGGAGGGUCGCAAGGGCUGGGAGAUGGAGAAGGAGGAUGUCCUUCGCAUCAUCACCAUCGAUGGCGCGAAGGCCACCAACAGAGACGCCAAAGAAGGCAGCAUCACGCCCGGAAAGCUGGCCAACUUCAUCAUCCUCGACCGAGACCUCAGCACCGCCGCUGACAUCAGCACCACGGUCGUGCGCAAGACCUUCUUCGAAGGCAAGGAGGUCUAUAACUAUGAGACGGACGACCUGAAGCACUUUCAGGGCAGACCAGGCUAG